AUGAAGACUACAUCUUUUCUGUUAUCCACAGCUAUUUGUUUAGCAUCACUGGCAUCGUCUCUUGAUCCUAUCACAGUCAAGGGAAAUGCCUUUUACCAAGGUAACGACCGGUUCUAUAUUCGAGGAGUCGACUAUCAACCCGGUGGUUCGUCCAAAGCUAUUGAUCCGUUGGCAGAUGCCGACAACUGUAAGAGAGAUGUUCCUUACUUUAAAGACCUUGGUCUCAACACUAUCCGUGUUUAUACAGUCGACAACUCGGCCAACCACGAUGAAUGUAUGCAAGAAUUAAGCGACGCAGGCAUUUAUCUGUUGCUUGAUGUCAAUACACCCAAGAACUCGAUCAACCGAGCCGACCCCGCUCCUUCAUACAAUGCUGACUAUCUACAAGCAGUGUUUGCUACUAUUGAUGCAUUCAAGGGCUAUGAUAAUGUUCUGGGCUUUUUCGCUGGUAAUGAGGUUAUCAACAGUGUUAACACCACAGGCCCUGCCCCCUAUGUCAAGGCUGUUGUCCGUGAUAUGAAGAGCUAUAUCAGUGCACAAUCCAAACGUGCUAUUCCUGUUGGAUACUCUGCUGCCGACAUUGCCCAAAACAGAUGGCAACAAAUGGAGUAUUUCAACUGUGGAGAUGACAGUGAACGAAUUGAUCUGUUCGGUAUGAACGACUAUUCUUGGUGUGGACCUGCCUCGUCCUUCCAAAUUUCAGGAUACCAAGCCAAUGUCCAGAACUAUGGUAACUAUUCUCUUCCACUCUUUUUCUCUGAAUACGGAUGUAACACCGUCCAACCCCGUACUUUCCCCGAGAUCUCUGCUAUUUAUAAUACGGAAAUGACCUCUGUGUAUUCUGGAGGUCUUGUCUACGAGUACAGCAGCGAAGGUAACGACUAUGGACUUGUGAACAUCACAGGAUCCAAUGUGACCACCUUGUCAGACUACGACGCAUUGAAAUCUCAAUUGGCAAAAUACCCCGAUCCUACGGGUGCUGGCGGUGCCUCUACCACUAAUUCCGCAGCCAGCUGUCCUCCAUUCCAAUCAGGACUUUGGGAAGUUGACCCUUCGUCCAGUCUGCCUGCUCUUCCAUCUGGUGCUGAGACAUAUAUCAAGAACGGAGCCGGUAAGCCUCUCGGUCUCAGCGGUCCAUCCACCCAAUUCGGCAGCAGCAGCGACGACGACAACGGGUCCUCUUCAGCCUCUGCUUCAGCCACUGCAUCAUCCGGUGCUGCCAGCUCAGGUGGCUCUUCCACCGCUAGUGCCAAAGCCACUCACACCUCCAAAGGAGCAGCUGGUCACGUCGAGGUUCCCCAUUUCCUGACCACUACCGUUCUCGGAGCCGGGGCCUACAUCACCGUUUUCUUUGCCAUUGGCCUCGCUUUAUAG